UACACACUGGCGCCGUGACUCAUGCAACGUACGACUCGCCGAAAGCUUAGUCGUUUUAUCGCCGAGGAUGGCUGCAUACUGACUGUGUUUUUAUAGUGUGAAUUGUGUGGAAGAGACGAGUUAUUAAUCCAGAAAGAAGAUUUAAUAUCGCUAUGAUUCUGUCCAACAAAAUUUAUUGAAUAUCUUGUAAAGCAGCUGUGGUUUGUUCCAAAACUGUCUUAUCGCUAAUGUGAGAAAAGCACAUAUCGAUUGUUUUUUAGUCCAACUAGAGAUAAUGAAAUGGUGAUGUUUCAUCAAAAAUCAGAAGUGAAUAUGGAAAGAUCAUAGGCUUCCUUGUAUGGGAAAGUAUCAGGAUCGAGAAAACUCCUUUCGUUCGUAGCCUUGGGGACAGGGGAAAAAGACUGAAGCUUCAGCAAUUCCUUGCUAAGAAAGCGGAUGCUCUCUAUGACAAGUCAAACUUAGAGAAGACUGUCGAGCCCAUUAGACAGGAGCUUGGAGACGAAGAAUUUUAUGCAACAAUGCCGGGACUCGAUUCUUUUGUCACCAUGGAGAAAUCACAGCGCAUUAGGAACUUUUUAGAGAGUUUGGUUGUCGGGGACGUAAUUUACGCUCAAGUGAUGGGUAAAAGUGCCGCGGGCCUUCUUCUGAAGGUUCUUUGCAACUGCAGUGACUGUCCCAGAGUUGUCACAGACCUAGGUGUUAAGGCCUUGAUAUUGAAUACGGCCACAGUGCCGGCGGUGGACAAGAAAGGAGUGACAAGAGGCUACAUGGCCAACGAUCUGGUCUGCGUCGUAGUGAGUGAGGUUAACGUUGAGGCUGAGCGUGUCGUUGCCGUUAUGAACGUUCCCGCCCGUGAGGGCCAGGCACCGCACCCACCUAUGGGUCUUAUCCAUUCCGACGAUCUGCCGGAGGCUUACAAGAAAGCAAUGGACAACAAAGGAGAGAGUUAUGAAACGAUCUUGGAGAAUAGCACUGGGUUCAACAAUCCAAACAACAUUAAAUAUCUAUGCGACUUGAAGGGACUCGGACAGGAGAACCAUUCGAAUAUGGUUGGCCUUCGAGAAAGAUUUCCACCUAAUGAAUAUGCCACUGAGCUCAGGCAAACUCAAGCAAGCAAGUGGGCCUUCCGUAGCGUCGCUGAAGGGAUUGAUCAUUUCAAGGCAGGACGACAUUCCGAAGCUUUUCAGUGCCUGAAUAAGGCACUCACUGUCGAUCCGCGAAAUGUCGAGGGCUUGGUGGCUCGUGGAGCACUUUAUGCAAACAGUGGCAGCUUCAAGAAGGCCAUCGAUGACUUCGAGACUGCACUGAAAUUGAACCAGACACAUACGAAUGCUAGGAAAUACAUGGCGGAGACGUUGGUUGCUCUUGGUAGAAGUUACGAGGACGAGGAGAAGUUCGAGGACGCCAGGAAGGCAUACGAGAACUGUUUAGCCAUCGCGCCCUUUCACGAGGAGGCGAGAAACUCUAUUGAGUAUAUAAAGACGAAGACGCUGACGGUGCCACUGAAUCCGUUGGAUACGUUUAAGAUUGUGGAGAACGAGAAUGAGAUUGGAGAUACGAAGAAGGAGAAGAAGAAGCGUAAGAAGGAGAGAAAAUCGAGGUCGAAGAAGCGUCAGAGGUGGAGCUCCAGCUCGAGCUCUUCGUCCAGUGGCUCCUCUAGCUCGUCCAGUUCGGAUUCCAGUAGCUCCUCGUCCUCUGGCAGCUCCAGGUCGGCUUCCCAUUCGCCAAAUCGUAAGAGGAAGCAUAAGAAGGAUCAUCGCGGUUCCUUGUCGCCUCUGAGCAAACGUAUGGCCCAGUAUAAUAAUCCUCCGGCCAUUGCUACGUCAGCUUCUCAUGAUCCAAUAACGUCGGUGCCUUAUGCUGUUAACACCCGGGAUAAGAUGGACGACUAUGAGAUCAAGGUAAGAAAAUUCCUGGAGGAGACUACCAGGUGGAAGCGCGAACGCGAAAAGGAGAAGAAGCAUUCCGAGAGCGAGAAGAUGAAGAAGAAGAAGAAGAAGGAGAAGAAGGGCAAAGACAAGGAGAAGGAGGACAAGAAGAGUCGCAAGAAGAAGAAGAAGGAAGAGCGCAAGAAACGAAAGAACAAGGAUAAGCUCGAGCGCGACUUGGAAGCACUGAAGAAGUCCUCCCUGCCGGAUCUUGAGCAGCUGGAGUCAAAGCUUAACGCUUAUUAUGCCAAAGUCGAGAAGGAAACUGCGGUUCUGAAAAGGUAUGUAGCACAGUAUAAUGACAUAGCUUUCCCUCUUAGCAACGCGGAGAAGCUCGCGGAAAGUUCGCGAAGGGAGGAGGAGCUUCGUAGGGAAAGAGAAAGGGAGCGUGAAAGAGAUGAAGCUUCUAAAGCCUACCACGAGCGGGAUACCAGGUUGCCGAUGUCCGCGCAACAGCGUAAAGAGAUCCAGAGGAAACCUCUCACCGAUAUAUUUGAGCAGGAAUCUCAAUUGAUACACCCUGAGCCAAAGAUACCGACUCUGGACACCGCGGCCCUCAACGCAAAGUGGAAGGCUGCCCAGGCCGCCAGGCAGAAGGAAGUCCAUCCCCAGAAAUGGCAAGAUAUACCACCGGAAAAGAAACUUCCGCCUGAAGUCGAUAGCGACGAGGAUGACGAUAACGAGCUGGAGGAGAAACUACAGCGGGUGGCUCUCGAGAAAUCUUUUAACAUUCGUAAACAGAUGCAAAGGGAAUUAGUAGAGAAGCGGGCAGCAGCGCAGCCGUUGUCGGCGCCGACACCGCCACCGCCAUUGCCAAAGGAACCGCAAUUGCCGAAACCGGCGCCAGUGAAAUAUCCCACGCCUCAACCGCAAAACAAAUUUCAAACUUACAAGGAUCCUACAAUGUCAUUGCCACAAACGGCACCUGGAAAAUUCGGCUCAACGUCAAAUCUUGGAGGAAAGUUUCAACCUAUUGGACCAAGCGGCGGCGGUAUUCAUCCCCCGGAACCACCAGGUCCUCGUCCGCCGCCAUUGAAAAAUCAAAGCCAGGCCAAAGGGCCAAGAACCGAUUCGGACAGUGACAACGAGCGCCAGCACAGGCAAACGCUCAAGAAACGGGAUUCCAAUUCCAGAGGUGGAAUGUCCAAGAGAAUGAGCAGAGACCGUCCCGCCAAGAGAUCAAGGAGUCGGUCUCGUAGCGCAUCGAGUUCAGGAUCCUCAAGAUCACGAUCAGCAAGACGCAGUAGAUCCAGGUCGUACUCUAACCGUAGAUCAGGAAGUUACGAGCGAAAGUACAGUCGUUCGCCUUCUGGUACCUACAGUAGAUCACGCUCCAGGUCACGCUCCAGGUCCUACACCAGAAGUCGCAGUCGCAGCAGGUCCGGCGAUCGUGGUUACUAUCGCAAACGACAGUUCCGUCCUUACAACAAUCGCGGAACCUACUACAAGCCCCGUUUCCAAGGUUUCAACAAUCAGAAUCACCGAGGAGGCAACAAUUUCCAAAACCGCAACCGCUUCUACAAUAACCAGCACAACAACCGCUUCGGCAACAGACGCGGAGGUGGUGGUUUCAAUAACAGAGGCGGUGGUCGCGGUCGGGGUGGUAAUCGUGGUGGCCGUUUCUUCCACGGGAAGCAAGGCUUUCGCGACUUCAGGGAUCGUCGUGACUUCAGAGACCGAAGAGCCGUGUCAAGGGACAGAUACAGUGACAGAAGCUACUCACCCGACCCUAUGAGGAAGGUCGACGAAGCAAAGGAGAAGAUCAACAAAAUGUUAGAAGGCGGCGAGGAACCUGGUGAUCAUCAGCAGAGCGGAGCAUCCGGAGUGCCACCUGGCAAGAGACAAGAUGGGCCUUUGAGUGAAGGUGAAGAGCGGGACGAUGAUGACUACGAGAGGUGGGGCGAGGGUCAGGGGGGCGACUCAGCUAACAAGGUUGGUUAGGUCGAAGUUCUCUGCUGGCUUUUCGAAAACCAGAAAAGCCUGAGUUAGUCAUGAUGAUGAUCAGAGUAUGCUAAUGAGAUGAGAAUAAUAAAGGAUGAAUUAUAAGAAUUAUUAACGACGAUGACCUUUGAGUCGCAAGGGCGAGAGUACCAGGCCACCGGGCCAAAAACUAACUCUCGUUUGUUGCUAGAGCGAGGAAGUUGGGCCUGUCGAGGAUAACCUGGAUGGCAAGGAUCACUUCAUUGAGCGCAUGAAGCAGCGAAGCAAGAAGGUUUUAAUCCAGAGAGACAUCGCAGCUAAGAUUUGGUAGAAAUAUCCUGAUUUUGGAUCCACUCAUCGAUUCCGCUUACCUGCGGUACACUGCUACCGAAUUUAGAGACACUAAUAUAUACCAAUUUCUCUUAAUUUCACUCUUUGUUCUUUUUUCUCUUCGUCUGUGAUAUAUAGUCGCUCUCGUUAGUCAUUGCCAGAAUUCUCAAUGAUAAAGGUUGACACGAAUUACUUGCCAGUUUUGCACAGGACUGUUUUUCUUUUUUUAGAUACCAUUAUUCCUAGGAUUUCAAAGUUUUACCAAUCACAGAACACGUGUAUUAAUCGACUGAUUUAAUUGGCAUUAUCAUUUAUGCAAUUAGUGUUAUCACUCUUUAUUGCAUUUCUCGUUAUAUAGUUUCUUUUAUCUAAUCAUUCCUCGAUACAAUAUAUUAUGUAGUACUAGGUUUCUCUUUCUUUCUUUCUUUCUUUCUUACUUACUUACUUACUUUUAAUCAACAUCUGCACCGACGGACACACUGAACGAAGAGUAAAUUGCAAUUGGGCACUGCAUAAUAGCAAUUCCAUAUCACUGUGGUUUAUCAUAAUUUACAAUUGCACCUCACUAUUGAAACACUCUAUAGUCCUUUUACACAUGCUCUGAUUUCAUGGCCUCGACAGGUCUUUGGAUUACACAUUUGUGCUUUCACGUAUACUCUACGUAAGUGUCUCCUCCACCGUUCGUUUGUCCUUUUAAAAAGAAAACUCAUUGUCAUCAUUACAGUCACGCUGUACGUUUUCGACAUUACGCAGAUCAACCUUCAGUUGCAUCCUCAUUCUUCGACUGUUAUUUGAUUUUCUUUUUACAAAUUCAAACCUAUGUAUCCAUCUUGAAAACGAGAGCAUAAAGCAUUACGAAAAGAAGAAACGUGUCCUCGCCAGGGCAAACAUCCUCCUGCGUUCUCAUCGAAAUGAAAAGGAAAAAAAAAAACAAAAAAAAAUAAACGUUGCAAAGAUCAAAGACAUUUUACCACAUCGUCAUUAUGAUUAUUGACACUUAUUUUACAACAUUAGUGUACGAGUAACCGAUAAGACAAUUACUGUAUGUUGUAUGUAAACGCGUUGCUGUACAAUUUAAAAAUCCAAUGAAGCAAAAAGAAAAAAAAAUAUAACACCUUAUAAAGCCAA